AUGCCGACUCCUGUGACUCUUCACAUCUACCAUGUUUCCACCAAUUCCACGGUGGGCACUGUGAAUGAGUACCUGGAGGCCAUUGGCACAGGGGCCUUCCACGCAGGAGUGGAGGUGAAUGGUGUGGAAUGGAGCUACGGCUAUGCGCCUGACCGAACGGGUGUGUUUUCGAACCCGCCGAAAGGAUGCAAGGCUCACGUGUACAAGGAUUCCUUGGACAUGGGUGAAACAUCCAAGACCGAAAAGGAGAUUGAUGAGAUCCUCGAGCAGCUGAAGGAAGAUUGGCCCGGCUUCGAGUACGAUCUCUUGCGACGCAAUUGCUGCCUCUUCAGCAAGGAAUUCGUUGAGCAGCUUGGCACUGGCCCUGUGCCCGGUUGGGUUACCAACCUGGCUGCGGCGGGUGCGACACUCCACGAUGGCAUCCUGAAAGGCAAGGAGAUCGCCGACAAAGCGGCUGUUAUGGCCAGAGCCAAGGCUGGAGAGAUCGAUGCGAAGUACAACAUCAGCGGGAAGGUCACGGCCGGUGCAAAGGAAGUGAUGCUGGCGGCCGGACGAUUUGACGAAGAGUACAAAGUUCGAGAGAAGGCUUUCGCAGCUGCAGUUGCAGUGAAGGCCAAAGCCGGAGAGCUCCACCAGGCAGCGAAGGACAAGGCUGCCGAGAUCCACAAGGACGCGGACGCCGACGGCGAUGGUGUGGUCAGUGCAGAGGAGAUGAAAGCUUACUUGAAAGAACAGCUCCGGGCAUCCCACGAAAAGGCCUUGAAGGCAGCAAAGGACCUGCACUCCAGUGUGGACAAGGACGGAGAUGGCAAGAUCACCUUCGAAGAAGCGAAAAGCUUCGCUACUGAGAAGGCUGGACACUGCGGCUGCGAGGCGGCGUGCACAGUGCAGUGA